GGUUACCGUGAAGUCCCAUGAAGAUGAUCCACGCGAUCAGAUCGGUGAGAAGCUGUGUGAUUCCACGCUCCUUUCCAUCACCACCUAUAGCUGCUCCCGUCGUCGGCGAGAUAACUUGCAGCCUCAGAUUCGAGAAGGGGUUUGCUUCUCUGUCCGGCCAGCAGGAGAGCGCACGCAUCAUGGACAAGGCCGAGACCCCGGAGACCGGGGAUGUGUUGUACCACUCGUUUGGACAUGAGUACGCGACAAGAUGCGAGGAUGAAGGAUUCGGUGUGAUCCAUUCGACUAAGCAAUCCGAAAAGGACGAUACUCCCAGCGGUCAACUCGGUUCAAACAUGGAGAAAAAGAAGGAAACUCCGGCGGAGGAGGAAAAAGUGCAGCACCGAACGAAGAAACAAGUAGCUGACAAGCCAGAGCAUCCUGCUUGAUCGAAUAGUCGUGUUGCAGCCGAUGGAUGUACUAAUUUUCCUUCUAAAGCUGCAACUACAAAGAGGGUUCUGAAGGGUCUCUGCUGGUCGGGGUUCGUGCAGAGUAUUUGUUGAUGUUGGAUUUGGAUACGCAUCGUACCAUUUGAAACAUACUUUGUUUGUGUGUUCCGUGGUCUAUGAAGGUUUUCUAACUUUCUACAGUUCAUAACCGAUAUCAUCUUUUACGAUGUGCACGCGGUGCGUUAUUUGCAAGAGUGACUAUAGUUUGCAACCA